GGUUACAACCAAACGGUCAUGACGCCACUUGAGACCUUGGAUGAACUAAAUCGGGAAGAAGGUGACAUCCGUGAUGUUUGUGCUGAAGAAGACGACGAUGAAUCACCGCCGGCAUAUCCAAGCCUAUUCUUUAAACUUGGGACAGUACUGCUUUCAGAAUCACAAAUCAACUCUCAACUACGCUUGGCUCUCAAACGAAGUGUUGCCAAGGGAGAACUAGUACAAGUAAAGGGCACUGGUGCAUCCGGAAGUUUCAAGCUCGGAGAGAAGAAGGCCGCUGCUCCAGCUGCUAAGAAGAGCGUCGCCAAGAAAUCCGCUGGUGCUGAGAAACCGAAGAGUCCCAAGAAGGUGAAAAAAGCAGCAAAGGAACCCAAAGCCGAGAAGAAAGCGAAGACUCCCAAGAAGGCUAAAGCACCCAAGGCCAAGACAGCCAAGAAGCCAUCUGCCAAAACCACGAAGCCAAAGGCCACGAAACCUAAGAUUCCUGACUCGUUUGAUCUGGGAACUGUCCCUGUUGAGCUGACAUGCAUAGCAUCUUCUUCGAAAUACAUUGUUAUAGGCGCUGGAUGUGGAGCGCUUUUUAUUUACAGCAAAAAACUUGGACGACUUCUAAGGCCGCUUCGCACCAAUAGCUUUGAAGCAGUUACUUGUAUUCGUCUCAUAGAUGACUUUAUUGCCAUUGGUCACAAUACUGGGACGCUAAUAGUUAUAAGAUUGCCGAAUGAUCGUGAAGGGACAACCACGAUAGCCCAGUGUAUCGAUACAGAUAGUCACCGGGGCUCUCCCGUAACAUGUGUUGAGUGGAGUCCUGAUGCCGCCAAGGUGAUUUCGGGGGAUGCCUCUGGUACUGUGAUAAUAUCCACUGUUAUGUUUGACUCGGGUGAUUUUCAUCAUAGUUUUCUUUUCGAUGGACCGAAUUCCGUGGUCGCUCUAGGAUUCAAGGAAGAUUCAGUGGUCAUUCAUAAUGGCCUACAGCUAGCUGUGAUCGACUCUAGAAUACCCUCUAAUUUUGAUGUUAUCUCUGAUAACGGAACUAUAAAAAUGAUCCUGAGUUUGAAAUGUACGAAAGAUUUUGUGUAUAUUGUUGAGAAGUCUUCUAUAUGUAAAUACACUGCAAAUUUUUCAAAUUACGAGGUUAUUCAAGUAAAACAAUUGGGAGAUGAUGUGGGGUCGUUUCAUUUGGUGGAAUGGAAUGAAAGUGGCUCGAAACUUGUUGCUUUGUUGAGCUCGAAUACAUUUUUGAUUUAUGAGAUAAAGUCACUGGAAGUCUUAUGGAAAAGCAGUGUCAACAUUGACUGCUUUGUUGGUGGGUUUUGCGUGGAUUCCGAUGAUUCUGUCUUUUAUAUUACGAAGCCACACGACAUUUAUCGAAUAGGAAUAACUCCAGUUUCGAAAUCCUUAACAGAAUCAGAACCUGAACCUCCCAUCGCUUCUUUGUUGUCUUCUCCACGCAAAUUAUUAUCUAACGGUGCUUCCCAAAUAACGCAGAGAGGUUUCGCUUUUUUCAACACUGCUGUGAAUACUGCGAAAGAUAUUGGUGCUAAUUCCGACGUUCCCAACAUAUUGGAGGAUGCUUGGAGUAAAAUUAAUAUAAAAGAAGAUCUAGGCAAUCUCCUUCAGAAUGUGGUUGAUAUUGUGGAUCCAGUGAAUGACGAAAAUAUUUUCGGACGUCGUGACGAAAUCAGACCAGCUACUGUACCCAGCCCACCGGAUCGUGCUUACGAAGCUGUGGAGGAACCAUCAGUCAUUACGGUAGUGCGUAAAGAAAAAGGAGCCCGUCGGAAAAAGCUGUCUCAUUCUGACUCGCAUGAUGUCAUUGAAAAACAGCAAGACGAUUCGAUUUCAAUCGAUGAAAGUACUCUCCUUGCUCUUCGAAGGCAAGUUCUCGGUGACGCGUUUUCAAGCGACAGUCCAAGCAUUGCUGGUGUCAGCUUCAAUAGCACGCCUAUAUGGAGCUCAAGAAAUAGUCCAAAUGGUGCAGAUAGUCGAUCCGAUGAGCAGAAUUCCGCGAACAUAAGUUCUCUACCAAAGGAUAAUGCUCCUGCUGCCUCAGAAAUGCUCAGACCUGAGCAUGACGAAGCGAGAGAGCGUGUAGAUAGUGGUGAUCAGAUACGAGCAGAUGACGCUCCUAGUGAAGAUCAUGAGCUAUCAAAGGAAAUCGUUGAAAGCCUGGGCGAGUCGGUUCAGGUAGCAGAAUCGGUCACGGUUGCCUAUGAAUACCUCUUGCAGCAGAAUGGGCCUCAAAAGUCUGAUCUGAAGAGUGAGGCUGUUGCAAAAGUUUCGAAGGAAAUAAAUGAGAUGAAGAAUAAGGUUAAUGGUGAAAGGUCCCGUCGUAACUUGGUGUUGAACGAUCGCGUUGAUAUAUGGACAAAGCUUCCUCUUCCGUAUACGGCAAAAUCGUUUGUUGUUGGAAAGCAACAUAUUUUGAUAUGCCACAAGAAAAAAUCACCUCGUUUUAUUACUCUCGAUGAUGUAGGCGCAAAGAAUGCUGGUUGGCAUGCCGUGAAAUGGUCCGCUGACAGCGUUUCCUUUAAUGAUGAUGAGUCUAUCAUGUGGAUGGUUCGCCGGAAUGUCGGAUUUUGUGCGACAGAGGCACUCAGUGCAACCACGCAAUUUGAAGAAUGUGCAGUGGACGGUGGUGGAGUUCUGGAGGUGUCCGUCGGCAACAGCGUGGCAUGGUAUAUAACAAGGGCAGGGGUGUCUCUGCAAAUGGAGCUUCCUGAAAAAGCUAUUUUCUCGAAAGUUGAUCGAGACUGGCCACUAAUUUCCAUCUCUGUGUCUGAAAAUGCUGUAUGGGCUAUACGUUCGGAUACUGGUGGACUAGUUGUACGAGUAGGGCUGGCAAGGUGCAAGAUGGGUUUGGAUUGGGUAGAAAUAAUUCCGGAAGGUCCUUCGAAAUUAGUGUCGGUUUGUGUAUUUGAUACCUACGGCUUCGCGUUGGAUAGUAAUGGUCAGCUUUGGAUGACGGCAGGAGUUGAUCACCAUCAUCCCUAUGGAAGCAGUGAUGCGUUUUUCAAGAUUUGUUUACCUAAUAUUGGUGGCAAAACGGCACCAAUCGAUGCAUGGACUGUAAGAGUGUCCUCUGCUGGACUGUUUCUAUGCGUUGGAAAAAUGAUGUACAUAUCUAGAAGUGCGGUUUCUGGGCAUAAAUUUCCUCGAGAGGUACCGACAAAAUUUGAGAUCUUGGACAACUUUUCAUUAAUCUCAGCAGGAUCAUUUGACGGGGAGGAAGGAUCAGUCCACGUGUGUCGACAGAAUUCAGAAAUAUUUGUCUAUCGUCCUGCAAAACGGAAUUUCGUUACCAUGAAUAUGCCGUCGAUUUCGUGUGCGAUUGUAUCGCUAUGUUCCUCACGUGGAAAGUUGUCACUCAUAGACAGUACUGGUCGAGUUUUUCAUUCUACAGGGAAUUCGUUGGAAUGGGAAGCGGAUACAUCACUCUCAGAAGCAACUUGCUCGCUGGUUCAUAGCGAGUUGGCUAGCUGGGCAAUCACUUGCGAUGGGCAUAUUUUGGUUAAACCAAACAACACAGACAGCUGGAUAACCAUUGCUGCACCUCCUAGUCUUCCAGCAGAUGCCACUCCUUCGCAGAUCUUUUCCUCUCCGAAUGGUAUAUAUGUCUGGAUAAUUGUAAAAGGACGUGGAUGGGCACGUGCUAACAUCAACGCUAGGAAUCCAAGCGGAAUGAAAUGGACAGAGACCUACCACACAUCCGAUCUGUGCAGCUUGGCGGUUGGUGACAAUGUGGUUUGGGCUCUAGACGCCUCUGGACGUCUGCUACGGCUUCGAGGACUGGCAGCUGGUAAUCCGGCUGGAAAUUAUUGGCGCCCUAUCUCGGGAGAAAUGUUCAGAUCUAUUUCAACAGAUGCUCGAAGCGAAUUAUGGGCCAUCGACAUGGAAAAUCAUCUUGUUCGUCAUUUGAGUGAGGUGUUCGUUCCAAAUCAGUUUCACAAAUGUGAUGUGCGGGAUUCGUACGAGUUCGUAUGA